GCAAUUCUGAGAUUGCGUGCUGUGGAUGAGCCCAAAGCGGGUAGUAUCCUGAACACACCUAAAGAAGUCAUCUCAUCGAAGCCGCUCAACGACUCUCCCUCAGGUACGAAACUUAGAUCACCCGGUGGGGCGUGGAAACAGCUCAGAUGUGGCUCGGGUUACUGGGAUCCGAAGACGACAUACAUGGCCAAAGGCAAAGAUCCUGUCUCCUGUCAUGAUGAGGUGGAGUGA